AAGUAAACUGAACAUUUAACAAUUACAUAACAAUAAAUAUCUGUGGUUUUCACCACAAUGUCAAAAUUUCCGGAGCCGAUUACAUUUUUAGAACAAGCCGACCAUACUCUAAACACAGAAUUUACUUAUUACUGUGCACUUCUCCAAGAAUUGAUUCCUGUCCAAAAUUCCGUCAAGAAUCAGCAACUGGCAAACCGAUGGCUAACAAAACUAACGGAACCGACCCUGAACGUGAAAUCUCUCCGCGAAAAGCGAAACAAGUUGCUCAUGAUGCUCAGCAUAUCUCUGUUAACCGACAACUUGCGAAGACCAUUCGAUUUGAUGCCUUCAAAUGCGCUUCCCCAAAUACCUUUGCUAAGGCCUUUAAAAUUUCAGGUGCCAAAAUGGCAAACCCACGCAACCGAGUGGCCUGAACACAACCGAAUGCUGUUGGAACUAGCCAAGAAGUUGAAAACACCCACCCAACAAAAAUGCCAAACACAUGAAAACCAAUGCACCGGAACCAAAGAUCCUCGUGGAACGUUCCUAGACAGACAAUUCGAAUUUUUUCUGCACCUGAGUCGAACCUAUCUAGGGACCAUAACGACCUACCCCGAGCUAAGGAUCGCCAACCAUUGGCUCCAAGCUUUGUGCCAAAUCGAUCGAGAUAGUUGCAUUCGCACCAAGGGCAUACGCAACGAUUACAUACUGGCACUAACGGCGUAUUUACUGCAACAUCAACUUCUGGGUCCGUUUCGGGUGCUUCCAAGUUACCCACUGGAACCACUGAUGGAUGCAGCUCGGAAAGCUGCCGGUGGGAAGCUUUUGCGAGAACCUCGUGAGAUCGAAGAUUUGAGUGGUGCUGGGACAGGACAUUUUGUAAGCUCGUUUCCGGUUCCGGAAGAGGGAGCGUUUGCCGUUAUAUCUUUGAGCUCGGACUUAUUGAAACUGGGGACACUGGAAUCCAACUGAUUGAAUCGUUGAACGAUUGCGAUAGAAAAUGUUGUUUUAAUUUAAACAGCAAUUUAGAAAAACACAUAUUGGCUUAAAAAGGUGCUUAUGUUUGGGUACAAUUUCUAAACAUGAUUUUCUUUUUUGCUCCAACAAUUAUGAAAGAAUAGCUUCAUUGAAUAGAACAGUUGAUAUUUUCAGUAAUUUCAUCAAAUUAAAUAUUUACUUACCUACCAAUUCAGGCUGUCAAAAAAAAUCUCACGCAUCUCAUCCUUCCAUUUCGAGUCGUCGAACCUCGUCCAGUUCCCGGUGCUGCCAGUUUUCGUCCUCGUAGCUGUCGUCCAUCGUUUCGCCAAUGGUAUUCAUCUGAUCCCAUUCGGUGGAGAAACCAACAUUUGAAGUUUCUCCGCCGCAAUCGUCCUCACUUUCCAUAUCCGUCACACGCCCGUUAUUCCGUCGAGAUCGUUUCUUCUCCAGCCGGGCAUCGAACUCGUCCAUGAAGGAGCGAUAGUUUUGACUGUCGUAGUUGGGUGGCACAUUUUCAAGGUAUUGUUGAUGCAAACUUUGACCCCACUCUCGACCCAACACAUCCGGUACCAUAAAUGGGAACAGCCACGUUACCAGGGGCGUUCUGCCAUACAUGUAGUUCGAUUCUUUGUGAUAAAACAGAAGCCCAUCCAGCCGAGUUUCUUCCUCCUCAAACAUGGGAUACCGUGAGAGGCAGUCUGCUAUUUGAUUUUGAUCUCGUAAGUCGUAGACAGGAAGGAGUUUCAGAUGGUAAAUCUUUUCCUUAGACAUACAGAAUCUAUUCUGUACAUCGUCUUCCUCUAAUUUAGAUCGGAUCCAGAGGAAUCUAAAUUGACAUU